UUGCCAUCGACCAUAACGUGUCGUCGGCGGUAUAACGGUGUUCUCAUUUGGCGGAACCCAUACUCCGAGUCGAGUGCCUCAUUACCGGGUGAUGUGAUAGACAUUCCUGAAGACAAUGAAAAGACGACAAUGAAAGUGUCCACUAAGGCCAGGUUACAGGUUGACCAACCACCUAAGGUGUCAGUAGGUGGACGCGAUGCAACAGAGGUGUUGCCUAACCUGGCUCACUGCCAGCACCAUCCCAAGUACAGUAGCCUUGGUCCUCUAACAGGGUUGCCAACUGUGUUGUAA